GUAUGUAUAAUGGUUUAGUUAGUAAAAUUAUGCUUUUAAUCAUUUUUAAUAAUAUACAAUUCAUUAAAAUCUAGAAUUUAACAGCUGGUUAAAAGAGUAUGAAUCAAACAAUAAAUGUGAAUAUGUCCUUCAGACGGGGAAAAAAAAGUCAAAAGAUGGCCAUAGGAGUUAUUAUGAGUGUGGUCGAUCAGGUGUUCAUAAAGAAAUUGAUAGUUCUAAAAGAUCAAUAAAAUCACAAGGCAGUAAAAAAAUUAAUAUCAACUGUACAAGUCACAUAAUAUUAUUUGAGCAUUUAAAUAAAAGUAGUUGUGAUGUAAUAUUUUAUAAAUAUCACUAUGGCCACCAAGAAAGUGAACUUCAACAUAUUAGUUUACCAAUUACAAAAAAGCAUGAAAUUGCAACUAAAUUAUCACAAGGUGUGACAAUGGAAAGAAUAUUGGAUGAUUUCAGAGGCAAUAUAGGGAGUAACUUAAAAAGAGAAGAUCUUAUUACACGAGCCGAUUUGCACAAUGUCAAACAAAAGUACAAUAUCACUAUACAGGAUGGUCAAUUACAUAAAAAUGAUGCCACAAGUGUUGAUAUUUGGGUAGAACAGAUGAAACAAGAAGGAGAAAAUAAUCCAGUUAUAUAUUACAAAAAACAAGGUGAAGUAGAUGGAAACAACAUAUUGGACUUAAAAGACUUUUGCAUUAUAUUAAUGGACCCUAGUCAAAUGCAUAUGUUAAAACAAUUUGGGAAUGGAAAAAUAGUAUGUAUUGAUGGUACACAUGGUCUUAAUGCUUAUGAUUUUGAGUUGGUUACAUUAUUAGUGAUUGAUGAUUUUGGUUCUGGAUUUCCAUGUUGUUUUAUGUUCACAAAUUUAAAGGAUACAAAAAUUUACACAGUUAUGUUUUCAACUAUAAAAAAUAAAGUAGGUAUAAUAAGUCCAGAUACUUUUAUGACUGAUAUAGUUGAGACGUUUUAUUCGGCUUGGGAAAAUGCAAUGGGCUCAGUUCCCCAUCGUUUAUUAUGUUCAUGGCAUGUAGAUAGAGCUUGGAGACAAAACAUUUGUAAGAUAACUGGACCUACACGAAAGGAAAAACAAGAAACUAUAUAUAAAUCUCUAAAAGUUCUUCAAUCAAUGUGUGAUGAAAAUGAAUUUAACAAUGCUUUAAAAGAAUUUAACCAUGAGCUAAUGAAUGAUCCAGACACUAGAGACUUUGGUAUAUAUUUUGAUCGCAUGUAUGGAAAUAGAGUUGGUUUGUGGGCAUAUUGUCAUCGGAAAAAUCUAGGUGUAAAUUGUAAUAUGCAUCUAGAAUCUAUGCACAAAACAAUAAAAUAUCACUAUUUAAAUGGUUGCAAAGUUGGGCGGUUAGAUAAAAGUGUAACAACUAUUAGAGAUAUACCCGUGAUAAAAAAGUUGAAAGAAUUAUAAAAUUAACUAAGGGAAAAACAAGUACAAGGAUACAAGAAAUAAAAAAAAGACACAAUAAGAGUACAUUACUUGACCUUACAAUCAAUCAGGAUAGUGCUAAUAACUGGAGUGUUGAAAGUGAAUAUACACCAAGUCAGUUUUAUAAAAUAAAAAAAAAUAAUGAUGAUGUAUGUUGUCCAAUGAUGUGUUCUAAUUGUAAGGUAUGUAUCCACACAUUUCAAUGUUCUUGUCCUGAUUAUCAGAUAAAGUCUAUGAUAUGUAAGCACAUACAUUAUGUUGCUCUAAAGACAAUGUCAACAGAAAAUUCUGUAGAUAUUACUAUUUUGUCAACAGCA